AUGGUGGCAGAAGACGGUGCCGAUGAAACGAAGACGAAACCUGGUACAUAUUCCGGUGAAAUGGUAAAAAGUUCAAAAUAUUGUGCUGUUUGCGGUGACAAAGCGUUCAAUUUCAAUUUCAACGCCAUCACUUGUGAAUCUUGUAAAGCGUUCUUCAGAAGAAAUGCUUUGAGAGAGAAAGUAAGCAAAAAAUAUACGUUUGUCAAUGUCGUUUGGAGGUUAGAAGACAGAUUUGUAUUCCAGAACAUGCAAAAACGCAGUACUGUUUCACGUUUCCUCGCUCUGGAUUCCCAUUUAGGAAGGCACGCCAUAUCUCCGUUGGACUAAAG